GCUCCCGUUUUCGAGAAGACCGGAGCACCGGAGCGACACGGCCCAGGGAGCAGACGAUGCAACUACCACCAUUGGCGGACGCGUUCAGCGCAUUGAGUGAGCCGCUAUGAAGUGGACGAGGCUCGCGUUGUUGCUGCGUGUGUUCUGGUGAGCGUUGCUUCGCGUGUCUGUCGUCACCGUCGUUGCUUCAGCGAACCACCAUCCGGAUAUAGCGGCGAGCACUUUGGAAGAACACGCACCAGGUGUUGUGGAGGUGCGCGCAAGCGUCGGUCGUCCUGCGGGCUGCUCCAACAGGCGCGAGGACCACCGGAAGCGGCUGCCAUGACGGUCAGCCCUCGUCUGCGGAAGCUGCUUCCGCUCAUGGCCCUCUCCUUCUCUUUCUUUGCCGCCACGGGCAGCCUGAGCCCUUUCCUGAGCCUGCAGUUGCGCACCGUCGGCCUUUCGGACGAGGAGGCCGUGCUGGUGACCACGGCAGCCGCGUUCACCAGCCUGCUGGGUCCCGUGCUCGUGGGGCUGGUCGCCGAGCGGCGGCGCGCCUACCGGUCGCUGCUGGUGCUGUCGCUGGUGCUCGCGGCUGCCGGCUACUCGGCGCUCUUGGCCGUGCCCCGCGUGGUGCGCAGUCCACGCAGCCCGCUGCUCGAGUUCGACUGCCCGUCGGGCCUGUACCUGGAGCGCUGCCCCGAGUGGGAUGCCUGCACAGCGUCUGAGCUGAACCCGCUGGGGCUGGCCACGUUCCGAGUGUCCAACUGCCACUACCAGUGCGGCGGCAACCGCAGCGUGCGGCAGCCCAUCCACUUCUGCUUCCUCAGCCACGAGGGCAACCUGUGCAUCAUCCACGAGGCCGGCACGCGGGACAAUUCCACCACCGAGUUUGGCGCCAGCUUCCUGGCCACGACUGCGCGCACCCUGGCCGACGUGAGCGUGUCCAAAUUUAUCGAGCACCAAGGGCGGAGUGGUGACGAGCUGGUGGACGUGUGCAGCUUCGACCUUCUCGCGCCCAUCGUGGUCAACCAGAAGCAGUUCAACGACUACGAGUGCAGGCCGCACCCCGAGGGCUGCACCAUCCGCUGCUCGGUGGCUGUAGCCGACAACCUCGGUCGGCGCAUGCAGUCGGCACGCUGCAUCCAGGUCGAGGGCGAUCCGCAGCUCACUUUCUGGGCCACACUAGCGCUGCGGGUGUUCGCCGACCUGUGGCUCAUCACCGCCUUGUACCUCGUCGAGGCGGUCACGGUGCUCGCCAUCAACGACUUCACGGGUCUCUACGGACGAAUCAAGUUCUGGGCCGCGCUGGGCGUCGCCCUGUCCGCGCCCGUCACGGGAGUGCUGGUCGACAGCGAGCUGAGCGACGAUUACUCGCCGGCGGUGCUCCUCUUUGACGGGCUCGCGCUUGUCUCGUGUGUGCUGGCGCUGUUCCUACCCGCUGUGGAGGACAACAAGGUCAACCUCCACUACGGCCUCGGCGAGGAGCCCCGCUUCUGCUCGCUGGACACGAGCGUGCUGUUCUUGAUCGUGCUCGUGCUGGGCACGGUGUGGGGAUACCUGGAGACGUACCUGCACUGGAUGUACGCCGAAAUGGGCGCCACUCACCUGCUGGUGGCACUGUCGCUGGCGCUGCCCAUGGGCUGCGCGCUUCCUUUCCUGGCCAUCGCCAAGAAUCUGGUGCGCAACAUCGGGCGCGCCAACCUGAUCGUGUUCGGCUUCCUCUUCUACGCGACGCGUGCCGCCGGCCUCUCCUUCGUCACGGCCCGCUGGUGGAUCACGCCCUUCGAGGCCAUGGAGACGUUCACGCUGCCCGUGCUCUGGGUCGCGCUGGUCGCGUACGCCCAGAAGGUGGUGCCCUCCAACCAGAGGCUCACCGUCCAGUGUAUCCUCAUCAUCCUGCAUUUCUGCAUCGGCCGUGGGACGGGAACCAUCGCGGGUUUCUUCCUGAACGCCUCGUUCGGUCGGCGGACCACUCUCCGCGGCGUGGCCGUCGUGUGUGCCGGCGCGGGCCUGCUCUACCUGUUCCUGUACCACACUUGCCUGCGCAAAAUCCGCCUCCGUAGACAAUCCGCCGCCAUGCCCGCGACCAUCAACGGAGGCUGGUACCCGAUGCAGAACUGUCGGGCGAACGGCGACACGCCGGCCCACCGGCCCAUGAUGGGCGACCAGGACGAUUCCGACACGGGCGGCUUCGAAGACUGCCGCAAGAACUGACCACAAGAUAUGCGAUGGCCCAAGAAUCCUAUGAAAGGGAUGGAGACCACAAGGCACACCUGUUACGAACCUGUAGCACAUUUUCUCGAGGCCUCGAGACUGCUCCAAAAACUGCUUCCAGCGGAGCACUCAAAAGUAUUUCUGUCUGCCGUUGGCGUAAGCUAAGCAGUUCAGCGCGACUCUGACGAUGCUGUGUAGGUCACCUCGCGACAUCAACUUGGCUUGUGUGUAUACGAACAACCACCACCUACGUCACGAAUAUGUGAGCCCCUAGACUCGUGACGUAGUUUUCGUGGACGAUGAAGGCGACGACGAUUUUGAGGACAUGGAAAAGUGAUGUCUCUUGGCCAGCUGCGUUUACAUUCGAGCCGCCUUGGGUUUCACGUUGCUCCGUAAAACAGAGACUGCCACUGGAGUCUGUAAAAACGGCUCCAAAUAACCGCUGGAGCGAACGAGUUUUCCAGACACGAUGAGUCUUACUGCGGAAAAGAUACAAAAUUUUUGUGCGACCUUAAGUUGAGUAGCGUGUCCUUAUGUGUGCGGUCCAUCUCGAUGUCGGACGCACCUUUGUCCAUCGGAUGGGUGCUGUAAUGAAUGCGUAGCAGCUGCGCUGCCUUCCACACCGAGUGUCGUUAAUACCGACCGUGGGUUAUCGUGCCUCGUGUUGUAAAUAAAGUACAUGUUGAUCGUCUUUGC